AUUUGCCUCUUGGGGCUGCCGUCGACAUGACUCCACCUGGCAACACCAGUGAGGCCGAGCUUGUUUGAGCCAAGAUACAACAUACUAGCCAGAUGCCCUCAUGAAAGGACAGUUUUCUCCCCUCCUCUGUGGUAGGCUGUUAUCACAUGAGGCUCUAUGGAAGAAAUAUUAACAGCCUCAAAACUGUGUAGUUCACUUUGAGCUAAAUCAAGGCUGUCAUGAUACAUCUUGUCUUUGAAGAUGAGAACAAGACAGGAGCUCUCAUAAGGUAUUUGCAAAACUCCUGCCUCCAGGUUCCUGCCCUGUUUGAGUUCCUGUUCUGACUUCAGUGAUGGACUACAAUGUGCAAGUGUAAACACAAGACGUGAAGAGUACUGAAAGGGACCUGUGGUUGCCAAAGUGGCUGGAGAGGAAGCCUGGUCAACAUCCUGUGAACAAUCCUGCAUUGUUUUCCAAAGAUGCCGUUGAAGUUGUCUUAAUUAACACAGCUUGCCUUCAGUCCACCAAAGUUCGACAUCAUGGGUUGCAUGAAGUCAAAGCAAACAUUCCCAUUUCCUACCACAUUAGACAUCGACAGGCUUAAUGAGAGUGAAGAAGCCUUUAUGCCAGAUGGCAGCUGUCAACAUAGGACCCCUUCUCCAGGGAAAACUCAAGCUGAAGGGGAAGUGAAGCCCAGUCCUAUGGUCCUUGAAUUCGCAGAGCGUCUGGCCAAGGAAAUCGUGCAGGAUGCCUUGCAGCAGUGGGCAUGUGAAAACAUCAAGUACUACAACAUCCCAUAUAUCGAGAGUGAGAGCUCUGACACCGCCAUUGGGUGAUGACAUUCUGCUGUGCUCCGGAUGUAGUCGGUGCUAGUUUAAAUACAUGAAAUAAGUUUUGAAACCGCAACUGGAUGUAAAACCAUGUCUAUGAUAAUAUUAGUGUAGGGAUGCUUAUGAUGAAAUAGAAUUUUAAGCAGUUCUAGUUAACAUCAAUGUAUAUCUGCUUGAUCACAAAUUUGGGACACAGGAUGGACAGAGGUCUUGUGGCACCCAGCACCCGCUGUCUGCCAUAGCAUGCUCUUCCUGAGGCAGUAAUGGUAUCACCAAAGAAAAUGCUGAAUAAAAAGUGCCCAAGUUCUAAA